AUGGAGCAAUAUCUCCGGUCCUGGCGACAGGACGCCUUCAAUCGCGGUCAGCAUGAGUGCGCCAUCUACAUCGGCGACAAAGUCCUCGCCCUGACAGACAGCGACGCCGAUGCGUUCUGGUUGGCCCAGGUCCAUUUCUCGAACAACAAUUUUUCGCGCGCCCUUGCCCUUCUAUCUCGCGGCGAUCUUGUCUCACGAAACCCCGCCUGCCAAUACCUCGCGGCCUACUGCUACAUCAAACAAGACCAAUUUGACCAAGCAUUGUCCAUAUUGGGUGAACAUAACCCGACAGAUCUUAUCCGGGAUAAUCACAGCCGACGAAAGAUCCAACACCUGGGUGGCCAGAGCCAUGUCACCUUGCGCAAUGGAAAGUCUACCACAUCACGCGACGAUAAAGAGAGGGAUGAAUCUAGUGAUGUGAAAUUUGAGGCUUCGAUGUGCUACCUCCGUGGCCUCUGUUUUGCAAAACAGAAUGCUUUCGAUCGCGCUCGCGACUGCUACAAGGACGCCGUGCGCAUCGACGUCCAGUGUUUUGAAGCCUUUGAUCAGUUAAUGAAAAAUUCGCUCAUGUCUCCCAAAGAAGAGCUAGAUUUCCUUGAAUCCCUGGACUUUGAUGCCGUACAGUCUCCCGAUCCUUCGGUUUCUCAGGAAGCUGCGGACUUCACGAAAAUGCUGUACACGACCCGCCUAUCUAAGUACUCUUCCCCAACGAUCUUGUCCAACGCGACCGAGACCCUCUCAACCCAUUACAACCUAGCAUCCAACCCCGAUAUCAUCCUCUCACGUGCCGAGACAUUGUUCACCCAAUGUCGGUUUGCUGAAGCUCUGGAAUUGACGUCAUCAGUUCUUUCUACUGCCCAGUCAACCGAGCUGCAUGCACCGACCAGCUCUGGCUCUAGUGCCCUCUCUCUCCAUCAGCUGGGGCACACACCCGCCCUGUAUCCUAUUCAUCUGGCAUGUCUCUAUCAGACCGGAGCCACCAAUGCCUUGUUUCUGCUAGCGCAUCUGCUCGCGGAUCAUGCGCCAGACGAGCCUUACACAUACUUGGCUAUCGGCAUUUACUACCUCGCGGUAUCGAAAAUCGCGGAGGCUCGUCGGUUUUUCUCAAAGGCCUCGCUCCUAGACCCUCACUCCCCGCAUGCGUGGAUCGGAUUCGCCCACACUUUUGCUGCCGAGGGGGAACAUGACCAGGCCAUCGCAGCAUACAGCACCGCUGCACGUCUCUUUCAGGGCAGCCAUCUCCCACAGCUGUACCUUGGAAUGCAACACCUCGCGCUAAGCAACUUGACUCUAGCAUACGACUAUCUCAAGUCUGCAUACGAAAUGUCUACGGGCUCUGUGCUUGAUGAUGAAUCAUCUGCACCGCCCUUGGCGGAGACCCACUUGUGCUCAACGAGCUUGGAGUGGUUCUUUACAAUCAAGACAACCUUGCCAAGGCGGUGCGAGCCGGGCGCGUGGGUCGCAACACGGUCUAACCUUGGACAUGCCCUGCGCCGCAUGGGCCAUGCUGCCGAAGCUCUCGAACAAUUUGAUGAAUGUCUCCGAAUUAGCGCCAGCGGCAAGAGCCUGGGAUACAGCCCCUUUCUAGGAGGUGGUCCGCGCAAUCCACCUGUUAUGUCGGCCACCGGGGUCGGCGGCACAGAAGGACGAGGCCUCACAGGAGUGCUGUACACAUCAAAGGGCUUUAUCCUGCUGGAGCUUGGGCGUACCUCCGAAGCCGUGACAGCUUUGCAUGAGGCUGUACGCAUACUUGGUGCAAGCGGUGGCGGUGACGCAGCGGGGAGCUCAGGCGUUGCUGGAACGCUCCUUACACGUGCCCUGGAGAUCUGGGCAAUUGAAGGAAACGAGCAAGAUGAACGAAGUCUGAGAGCUAUGGAGGAAGAGAGCCAGGCAUCCCAGGGUCCACCAUCCCGUGGCGGGCGCUCUUCUCGCCAACGCGGUACUCGACACAAGGAACGUUCUACCACUGGAAACUCGCGUCGACACCCCCGGACCCCAGCGUUCAAUGAAGGGUGGACGGACGAAGUUACCCAUACCGCAUCUGUCGAGGAGGAAGAAGAAGAAGAGGAAGGGCUGAUGGUCUUCUCCACCGGGCUCUGGGACGCGUUCGCCAACGACGCCUCCCUGCGCAAACCCACCAGACUCCAGUGUCUGGACGAGGAACGCGCCAUACCAGAACUCAUUCCCGCCAAUGAGGUGGAUUCAUGA